AUGUCGAUAACGUACAUACCUAGAGUAACGCAGCUGGAUUCCUUGCAACUGGAUGAUGAAUUGGAAGAGCUUUUUAAAAAUCUCCUUUUUCAGGCAACAAAGUUUCUUGAGCCAGGUAUUCUGCAGCCAAUACUACCAGAAUUAGAAUUACUCAUAAGAAGUUGGAUAUUUAAAUAUUCUGUUUGGGACAAAAAAUGUACUUUUGGCCAGGAAAUGUUGUCUUUAAAGUAUAAGUCUGAGAAUUUCUCUAAAAGUAAACUAUACUGGUACUAUGGAUAUACAGUAGGGUUAAAAUACUUAAAAGAGAGAGCACUAUAUAGUUUUACAUCAAAUAGGAAAGUCCAAAGUGUGUUGAAUAGCUUGGAAACAUUUCAAUUGAUUGGUGAUAUAUUUAAUUUUUUGCGAUUCAUUCAAAGCGGUAAACAUCCUGCUUUUAUAGACUUUAUUCUUGGAAUAGAAUUAGCUGCAGAUAAGGUGAUAAGGGAAGACUUGACUGAUUUUUCAUGGACUAGAGAGCUUUUAUGGCAUAAUUUUAUUGAAUUAAUUGGGACCACAUUAUCUCUAGUAAACAUGUUUGGAUUAAGACAGAAAUUAUCAAAGGUGUUAAAGUAUGUGUGGUGGAGGAAUCAUGUCCGUACAUCAACAAAGUCACUGCCAGCAUCUAUGAAUAUCAAUACAGUGUGUGCGUCUUGCUCUGAUAAGCCCAUAUUGCCGCAUGUAAUGGGCUGUGCACACAUAUUUUGUUAUUAUUGUUUGAAGGCCAACAAAAUUGCUGAUGCUGACUAUGCUUGUCCAAAGUGUUAUUAUAAUGGAAAAGAGAUAUCUAAGUUUAUCGUCUUAUGA